AAAAUGUUGUAGUAAGUUGAAGACAUACUUUUUGACUGAUACUACUUUUCUGCACGCAACUGUGCAUCAAAUUAAAAUUAACUUGUGGUGUGUAUACUAAUUAAAGUAACAACCGUGUAGAUUACUGAAAAGUAAAUAAUAAAAAUUACAGAGAAACAAUAACAAAUAUAUUUCUUAGCAACGAAAAAAAAACAAAGAAGCACCACAGUAAAAAUGAAAAAUUCUAUGUCAAGAAAUUUCUAAAAAAAGUCAAUAUCUCAAAAAAAGGAAACUGUUACAUGAAACAAGCCUGCAAAAACAAUAGCAAGCAGCAGCAACAACUAGCAGCAUUGAAAACUUACAAAACCCUUCAAAAAUCGCUUCAAAAUAGUGUUUACAAAAACUCUUACAACAAGAAAGAAUUACACGUAGAAAUAAACAAAACACACUAAAAAAAAUCUAACGCCAAAGCCAAAAAAAAACACGAUUAAAUUAUCGCAGCAAACGCGGUAGAAGUAAUACAUAAUGCAACAAGUCAACAGAAGCAAUAGUAAUCAAUGUGUGUGAGAGAUCGCUGUCGCCGCGAAGCACUACGCUGAAGCCAAAACAACAGCACUAGUCAUUAGCGCACAACAGUCGAACAAGUCCGGCCGUGGCAAAUAGUCAGACAGGACGGGCAAACGCUAGAGUGUUAUAUUAUAUUUAGUAAAUUUCGUGUUAAUAUUUUUAGUAUUACUUCAAAUACAAUUGAGACGCGCGAAACUUAGCCCACAGAGCAUCGAACCGAAUUGGAUUGCAGCAAAUAAAGUAGGUCAAAGCUUAGACAACGACGCGGCACAGCCAGUUAAGGAAGAGGUUUCUUUGUACAAAAAGUUUUAGAGUGCGUGAAGUCAACGAGUUGUGGAAAGGAGAAAUCAGCAAAUUGAAGCGUGAAGGACGGCUAUUUAAGCAGACCAAAGGCACAGGUGGCUCGCAGUGAUCGCACAUAAUUGGUAUAGCUGAAAUUUGGUUGAUUUGUGAUUGGUGCUGAAAAAUAUUUGGAGGAGUGACAUGAUCAGCGGAAAGCACUAGAUUGAACCAGAAGAUCAUAAUAUUGGAAGUGAGUCGCAGGUUUUUACUAUUGUUGUUACGAGAACAGUUGAAUAGAAAGGAGUUUUUGAGCGAGUUUAGUGCUAGAAAAUUCAAGGGACUCGUAAUAAUCUACCGAAAUCUGAGAUAUAAACAACGAUCCGAUCAACGAAGUCCAAGUAAAAAAUAGUCUAACUGCUAAAAUAGCAAAAAUAAUUCAAAGAACCAAUAAAUAGGCUGAUGAAUAACGUUGUUACAACAUUAACUUAUUGUGCAAUUGCUUUAAAUAUCCACGAAUUUCAGCAACAAUUUUAUAUUAUUAAAAAAUAUAUGCCAAAAACGACGUUCAAACAAAAAUCUAAAAAAACGCUGAAAAUAUUUAUCAUUCAAUCGUACGACUUAUUUAAUUGACUCAUAACCGGCUACAGAGUAACGCGCCUUUAACAGCUGAUUAUUAACAACGCAGAGAAAAAGGGACAACAAAAAAACACGCCAUAUUACAAGAAAUACCGCUAUUAACAAGCUCAGAGUCAUAAAACAGUGAACGUGUGCAAAAUAUAAGAAAAAACUAAUUUAAAAUUGGAAAAAAAGCAUUUUGCGUAAACGUCAAUUAUUUGUGAGCUUACAAAAUAAAUUAUCGCAAGAUAAGUGGCAAAUUCGCGUGCCAACACACGAAUAAUAUUGUUAUAAACAUACAAACAUACAAAACUAGUGUAACGUGAAAAAUUUGCACAUUUUUUUUAAAUAAAAUAACGAAGCAAACAAAUUGCCAAAAACUUAAUUACUCAAUUGUCAAAAAAAUAUUUUUACUAGCGUGCAAUUGCAAUAUUUUUUUAAUUAAAAAAAAAGUACAAAAAUAACAAAAAGGAGCAUAAUGUCACCAACGUACAAUUUACUGCAGCGUCUGCACGCCAAAUGCAGCAACAACACACAAAAUGUCACUUGGCUGACAUUUCUCACAGUUCUCUUGAUGCUCUUCGACAUGCAGUUUAAGCGAACGGAAGCGCUCAAAGUGACGGCCAAAAUGAUAUCCAACCACAAUUAUCCGGUCGAAGAGCAUACAGUACACACACCCGACGAUUACAUAUUAACUGUAUAUCGAAUACCCGAUUCACCAAAAUUGCGCGGCACAGCCAACUCAACGGCCAUUGCACGCACCUCCAAACCGGUCGUCUUUCUGCAGCACGGCAUACUCUGCGCCUCCGACGAUUGGAUACUCAACGGGCCAGACACUUCGCUGGCGUACAUGUUCGCCGAUUCCGGUUAUGAUGUGUGGCUGGGCAAUGCACGUGGCAAUACAUACUCGCGUCAGCACAAAUACAAACAUCCCGAUUCGUCGGAUUUCUGGAAUUUCAGUUGGCACGAAAUCGGCGUCUUCGAUUUAGCCUCAAUGCUGGAUUAUGUAUUGGUCGAAACAAAUGAUACAGCGUUGCAUUUUGUAGCGCAUUCACAAGGCACCACCACAUUCUUCGUGCUCAUGUCCACACUGCCGUGGUACAAUGAGAAAGUGAAGACUGUGCAUCUGUUGGCGCCCAUUGCAUUUAUGCGUAAUCAUUCGUUUAUGCUCUCGAAAUUGGGUGGACUCUUCUUGGGUUAUCCCUCGUUUUUGAGUUGGGUACUGGGCGGUAUGGAGUUGCUGCCGAUUACCAGCAUGCAGAAGCUUUUAUGUGAAUAUGUGUGCUCGGCGGAAUCUAGAUUUCGAUUUCUUUGCUCGGGAAUUUUAGAUUUUCUUGGCGGUUGGGGUACACGGCAUUUAAAUCAUACACUGCUGCCACACGUUUGCGAAACACAUCCCGCUGGUGCUUCCACAACACAAAUUAUUCACUACUUGCAGCUGUACACAUCCGGUGAUUUCCGUCAAUACGAUCACGGCAUCGAAUUGAAUAAGAAGUACUACCAACAGGAGACACCGCCAUCCUAUAAUGUCCACGAGAUAUCCAGUUGUGUAAAUAUGUAUUACAGCAACAAUGAUUACAUGUCCGCCGUUGAGGAUGUGGAAUAUCUGGCAACACUGCUGCCUUGCGUGGAACUCUAUCGUAUACCCUAUGACGACUGGAACCACUAUGACUUCUUGUGGUCGGUUAAUGUGAAAGAAGUGAUAAACGAUAGAAUAAUAGACAAAAUCGUCAGACAUGAGUUGCAAAAUUUGUGAAACUGAUUUUCUUUUAAGGAAACUAGUCACAAAUAAGGUGUGUUUGUUGUAUAGGUGUUACCAUAAGUGCUGUUUGUAAAUAGUUUUUUUGUAUGCUUGUAGUAUUAUUGAAUUAUUUAAGGUAUAUAGGUAGAAUUAACAAACUAAAAAGUGAAAACGAAAAAAUAUUUAAAUUUUUAAUUAAAAUAUGAAAUUUUUAAGUAUGUACCUUUUAUAAGCUGUGAGACCAAAAAGAUAAAAACGAAAACUAAGUGAAAUAAUUAAAAGAAUGGCGUUUUAUAUACGCAAAUACUCAAAGGUUUGUGAACUAUUCGCUUAAGAAGUUAGACAAUAUUAUUUAGUGUUUAAUAAAUAUGUAUUACAAAAUACGUACGUAUGUAGGUGCGAUGUUAUAUGUACUUGAUGUAGGAAUAGCGAAAAAAUUAACUAUAAGUAUUUACGCUGACUAAAUGAAACGCUUUUUACGAGUAACUAAUAAAAAAUAAAAUAAAUUUGAA